CAGAUCACUUAACCAAGUUACGAGGGACGAAGACAAACGCAAGGAGAGAGAUGGACGAGGAGAGGAUUCUAGAGAGAGAGAGGGUUCAGAUGGAGCAGAUUCGGGAGCUUGAUUUCGAGGAGUUGCAAGUUGAGGAAGUCGAUGAUUUUCGAGAUUCCGACGACGACGAAGAUGAUGAUCUCGCCGCAUUUCGCGCCACCUCCCACCCUCGUCUCUCUGAUGAUAUUGGUGGUGAUGAACAUAUCUUCAACCCAGAUGUUGCUUCUUUGCAUACCUAUCUUGGCGAGGUUGAGGAUACUCAAAACAGAACUGCUUUUGUGGAUGGAGGCACAGUUUUGAAGAUCCCUCUUUUCUAUCUCGAAGGAGUGGUUCUGUUUCCUGAGUCUACGCUUCCCCUUAGAAUUAUUCAGUCUAGUUUCUUGGCUGCUAUUGAUAGAGCUAUGAACCAAACCAACGCUCCAUGUACGAUUGGUGUGAUUCGUGUUUACAGAGAAGGUAAUCAGUUCAAGUUUGCCAGUGUUGGGACAACCGCAGAGAUACGACAAUACCGUCGACUUAGUGAUGGCUCAUUCAAUGUUAUUACUCGGGGACAGCAGCGGUUUCUCUUAAAGCGUCGUUGGACUGAUGUUGAAGGAUUCCCUUGCGGAGAAGUUCAUAUUGUUGAGGAAGAUGUACCCUUGAGGACUCCCAGGGAUGCUUUUGGGAAGCUGGUACCAAUAAGCAACUUGAGAGCUCCCAGUCACUCGAGUACAAUGACUUUAUCUUUUAGAGAUACCGAUGAAAUGUCAGUAGCAAAUUCUGAAGAAAGUUUUGAAAGUGCUCUUUCUCCAUCAGAAAAAAGACUUCAUUAUUCAGCAGUUGACUCAAUAAUGGAUGACUGGACGAGCAGCGAUGAUGACGAAGUAGUCAGUGCAUCUAAUAUCCAAUCUAGUGGGUCUAAUCCAUUUAGCUCUAGGUCCGUUGGAUGCUUAGCUUCUCGCCAAGAUGAUGAAAGGGAAGAUGGGCAAUCUGCUGAUGGCAAAACUCCUGUUUCAAAAGGGAAAUGUCAAAAGCAAAAUAUGCUGACGAGUUUCCGGAAAAAUACUGAUCUAAACCGAUUCCGUAUGGCCCCAAGAGCAUUUUGGCCAUUCUGGGUGUACCGGAUGUACGACUCAUAUUAUCUUGCUCAACGAGCAGCUGAUCUGUGGAAGCAGAUAGUUGGGGUUCCAAACAUGGAGGCAAUAGUGAAUAAGCCAGAUAUUUUAUCCUUUUUCAUUGCUAGUAAAAUCCCUGUCUCUGAGUCAAUUAGACAAGAGCUCUUGGAGAUUGACGGAGUCUCUUACAGAUUGCAGAGAGAAAUUGAAUUGCUUGAGAGUUUUGAUCGUGUUCGAUGUAAACACUGUCAGACUGUCAUAGCAAGAAGAAGUGACAUGUUGGUUAUGUCUAGUGAUGGUCCUCUAGGUGCCUACGUAAACCCCCAUGGCUAUGUGCAUGAGAUAAUGACCUUUUACAAAGCAAAUGACAUAGCGAUUAGCGGUAGAACUGUUAAAGAAGACAGCUGGUUUCCUGGGUAUGCAUGGACGAUUGCAAACUGUGCAACGUGUGAAACCCAGCUGGGUUGGCUUUUCACAGCAACAAGCAAGAAGUUGAAGCCAUCGUCUUUCUGGGCAGUUCGUAGCUCACAGGUCGCAGAUGACAUGCGCUGAGUAUUACAACAGGUCUCACUCACGGAUCAAUUCCCUACCAAAUAAAGGGUUUCUUUCUACCUUAAACUUCUCCAACUGGUAUUUUUAGCAUCCUUUAUGCAGAUGAAAUAUCACAAAAUAGUUUGUGAAAGCAGAAGCAGACUAGAGUAUAGAGAUUCUAAAGUAGUAACAACAUCUUGAGAGUUUGAUGUCUUUUUUAACAAUAUGCAUUAAUGCAUACAUACGUUAUAUUUGUACACAUGAAAAUAAGAUGUGUGUGAAGGAAACCUGCUUAGGCUAUGAGUAUAAUGAUAUUUUUAGGUUUAACCCUUCUCAAGUACUGGAAUCUAGAAUCUCUUAUGGACUUUCGGACCUUGAAUUAAUUUAAAACUUGG